AGCAUCCCUGUAACUACCAAUGACGAGUACGACUGAAACAGUUGGUAGCAUUUUACGUGAACAACACAGAAGUUAGCCUUACAAAACUUCAAGUCUCGGUGAAGAGAGACAGCACCUUUAAGGAUUCUCUAAUGGAUUCCCCUCCACAGUCAAAGAAGGCCAACUCGAAUCGAGGUACAAAGCGGAUCCAGAAUCCUUUAAGCACCCCUCCUCAGAAAGAUGCCUAUACCAGGCUUCUCAGCCAGCACCGCAGCAGCAAGUUCAGCUUGUAUCUUGAACAAUAUGCUAAGGACUCAUCAUUCCAAAAAGAAGAAAAUGGUCCCGGUCCAGGAAAUGGUCUUGGUCCAGCACUUGGAGUCCAGAGUGACAAGCUUAACAUACCACAGCGAAAAAAGGACCCAGUGCUUUGUGAUUUCUCUGAUUCAAGUGACUUCUCCCCAUCCUCUUUAAAAAAUGUUGGAGGGGAGAGUUCGCUGUCAUUAUACAAGGAGAAACUAAGCUCUCGCAAUGCUCAGCAGGAGUGUGAAAGGAAGCACGGUGCAUCUGACUGGCAGCGAUGUGGUCAGAGAAGGGAUACCACCACCAGCCAGGAUGGAGACAUUGAAUCUGGAGAGGAAAUUGGUUGUUUAAAGCCUGGUAAUGCAAAGAAACACCAGAAGCAUCAGAAGAAAAACAAGGACUUCAACGGAGAUGUUGCCUCCAAAGAGGCUGAGUUAUUUGUUGGGCAUCUAAAAUCCCCAAAGAAAACACGUACAAGUGUUCAGGAGCAAGAUAAAGUAAAGAAGUCAAAGAAAAAAAACCCACCAAAGCAACCAGAGGAGGAGAAAAACACAGAGAUUUUAAAAUGUGGGAUUGAUGCUCAGAUGUCACGGGACAGAUCUCCUCACAGUAAAGACAAAAAGCUUCAGCAGCCCAAAACUUCAAGCAUCAGUUCUCCUGCUGACAAAAUUAAGAACAAAGGAGGGAGAGGCUCAAAGAAACAAGUCUUUGAAUCUUACAUGACCUCUGAGGAGGUUUCCCAUGGUCUCAAAAGAGGAGAGCUCAUUCAGGGACAAUUGAGAAUCAACCCCAAGAAGUACCAUGAAGCUUUCAUCCCAUCUCCUGAUGACACACGGGACAUAUUCCUGGAUGGCAUUGUUGCUCGCAACAGAGCGCUGAAUGGAGAUGUAGUUGUGGUACAAAUACUCCCUCGUGAACAGUGGAAGGUUGUGAGAAAUGACACUGACUGUGAGGGCACCAGCGAGUCCGAGACCCAGGCCGAAAACAUGAUACGAACAGCUCAGAAGAAAACACAGUCCCGCCCGAAUCCUGAUGUUAUUGUGGAAGACCAAUAUAGUGACCGGGACAAACUUACCACCAAAUGUCGGAAUAUGUCACUCUCUGACACAGGUGAACCUCUGGAAGAUCCCGCAGCAGCACGUUACAAUGAAGGAAUUCUCCAGAAGACUGCUAAAGUGGUUUACAUCGUUGAGAAGAAACAUUCACGAGCUGUGACUGGCUUCCUGAAGUUCCUGCCAGACAAACCCUUCGCCAUGUUCUCUCCUGUCGACCACCGUGUGCCACGGAUUAAUGUUCCCCUUGCAGACUGCCCUGAGGACUUUAGUUCCCGCCCCGGUGACUACACAAAUACCUUGUUUAUCUGUCGGAUCACAAACUGGGCCGUUGACAGCAACUUUGCAGAAGGUCAACUUGCUAAGACUCUGGGUCAAGCUGGAGAGAUCGAGCCAGAGACAGAGGGCAUCCUGAUCGAGUACGACGUUGAUUUUUCUGACUUCUCAGACGAGGUGUUGGACUGUCUUCCUAAGAACCUGCCCUGGACCAUUCCACCAGAGGAGAUGAAGAAGAGGAGAGACCUUAGGAAUGAGUGCAUCUUCACAAUUGAUCCUGCAACUGCUAGAGAUCUGGAUGAUGCCCUGUCCUGUAAACAACUCCCAGAUGGAAACUUUGAGGUGGGAGUUCACAUUGCUGAUGUGAGUUAUUUUGUGGAGGAGGACAACGCUCUGGAUGCCACCGCCAGCCGAAGGGCAACCAGCGUGUACCUGGUUCAAAAGGUGGUUCCCAUGUUACCCAGGUUGCUGUGUGAGGAGCUGUGCAGCCUGAACCCUCUCACUGACAGACUCACCUUCUCUGUCAUCUGGAAAAUCACACCUGAAGGAAAGAUCCUAAACGAGUGGUUUGGACGCUCAGUCAUCCGCUCCUGUGUGAAGCUAAGCUACGACCACGCUCAGAGCAUGAUAGAGGCCCCGGAGAAGUUAUUCUCUCCUGAAGAGCUGCCUGCCGUGGACCCCGUGCAUCCCAUCGAUGAGAUCCACCAAGCUGUGCUCAACCUGCACUAUAUCGCCAAAAACCUCCGAGCUCAGCGCUUCUCAGGAGGAGCCCUCAGACUAGACCAGUUGAAGCUUUCUUUUACCUUGGACAAAGAAUCAAUGAUGCCUCAAGGUUGCUAUGUUUAUGAGUACAGAGACAGUAACAAAUUGGUGGAGGAGUUUAUGUUACUGGCUAACAUUGCCACAGCGCACCACAUAUAUCGCAAAUUCCCAGAGUUGGCCCUGCUGCGGCGACACCCUCCUCCCAAAGCCAAGAUGGCGGAUGAGCUGCAGGAACUGUGUAACCAGCUGGGGAUCGACAUCGACUUGUCUUCUUCAGGAGCGUUACACAAGAGUUUGAAUACGCUGCUUGGUGAUGAUGGAUAUGCCAUCGCCAGAAAAGAGGUCCUCACUCACAUGUGCUCCAGACCCAUGCAGAUGGCACUGUAUUUCUGUUCAGGUGUGGUGAGGGAGGAAGAGCAUUUUAAGCACUACGCCCUCAACGUUCCUCUCUACACACACUUCACCUCGCCCAUCAGACGCUACGCUGACAUCAUUGUGCAUCGGCUGCUGGCAUCUUCACUGAAGUGUGGCCCUCGUUUAGGCUUGUCAACAGAUGAAGUAGAAAAACAGGCAUCACACUGUAACGACAAGAAGACUCUGUCCAAGAGAGUCCAUGAGCUCAGCACGGAGCUCUUCUUUGGAGUGUUUGUAAAGGAGUGUGGCCCCCUGGACUCUGAGGCCAUGGUGAUGGGGGUGCUGGAUCAGUCCUUCGACGUGCUGGUUCUCCGAUACGGAGUGCAGAAACGCAUCUACUGCAAGACUGUUGCAGGUCUGUCCUCCUUCCACCAUCAUAAGGUGGGGAAGAAGUCUGAGCUGACUCUGGUCUGGACUCCAGAGAACCUGGAGGACUCUCCUGUAGAACAGGUCAUUUCUAUCUUCUCUCUGGUGGAGGUGCAGCUCCAAGCCGACGGUGCGCCUAUGAAAUACAAAGCGGUGCUCAAGAGGCCCGAGGACGGCGGAUCCUAAAGCAGAAACACCUCGAUGGAUCUCACACAUUUCCUUUCAGAGAUGAAUCAAAGUGAUUAGCUUGUAGAGUAGAAGCAGUUCUAAUGUGGUAAAAGGAAAAAUCUCCACACAUGGUGUAACUGUUGUUACCCUGUGCGGGUUUAAACGGAGCUUUGACUCGGGUCUGAAGACGAAAAUAUAAAGACAGCACUGAUUUUCUUUUGCUGUUGAUUUAUUGACCUAAUGAGGUCAGUUUGAUGUGACAUAAUUCUUAUACACAGUCUAAUGUGUGAAAACUGCUUUUUAAACUUUUUAUGUUUAAUCUUGGUGGCAAUCUUCCUGAUAAUACAAGAGUAAGACCCACGUGUGUGUUUAGCAUCAAGCAUAGGACUCUACUGAAUUUUACUUUAUUGUAUUAAUCUGUUUGACUCUAACAACGUUAACAUCUUGAGCCCAAACUCAAGCUCAUAUUUAAAAUAAGUAACGUGUGAAAAAACUCGGCCAUUGUAGCUUCAGUAGAAAGCACCUGGACUUAUUCGUCUCACGUCUCCUUCAAUUGGCUUCCUCAGGUCUGAAUUAUGACGUCCCAGAUGUGUGUGAGGCAGUGAGCUGAAGUUCAGCAUCCUCCAGAACCGAGAAGUCCAGUUUCUUUCUACUGGAGCUUUUAGAAUAACAGGUACACAAACAUUCACCUGGAAACUAAAUAACAUCCACUUCCUGUCAUACAUGACAUUUGUUUAUGUGUGCAUGUGUUUACAGCGCUUUAAACAGGAAGUGUUUUCCUUAGACUCCUUUUAGUCAUCAGUCCUGUGAGUAACGAGCUGCUGGGCCUCUUCAGGUUAACUCGUACUAAAUGCAGCUGGAUAGAAAAGUGUUGUUUAUCUGAUGUCAUCUCUGUCUGAGCAAAGCUUCGUGGUGUCUGUGUUUGUUGUGUAAGUUAAGCCAAACUUUCAGCACUUGUCAGCUGUUAAUAGUUUUUAAUUUAAAACAUGGAAAUGACUUGAAUGUGAACUGCUGCGGUGGCCUUGAGAUCUUAAUGAGUUUUAUGUUUUGUUUAUCUCCUCAGAGUGCUUCCUUCUGCUGUUUAUGAUUUUGUUUUAAUGCUCAGAUUUCAGGUUUGAUUUGUGCAGAAAAAAAAAAAAGAUGGACCUCAUUUAUAUAAAAUGUGAAUUUCAGCCUUGAUUUAAUCGAGUGAGCUGGACUUGAUUAAAUCAGGACUCCUUUUUGAGUGAAGCUGCACAUUUUUAAUUUGCAGCGACUCCAAAUUUGGUCGUCUAUCUGUGAAUGAACAGUGCCAUGUUUUAGUUUGUUUUUCCUUCUUUUUAACGUGCCACAUUUUGAAAACAGCUGUUAAAAAUAGCAUGACAUGCUCUGUAAAUGGGUUUUAAGCUAGUGAUUCCCAACACAAAACUGUAGUGAUCUGUGCAAGAAUGUGUCGUGUGUACGAUCAACUAAAAAUAAAAAUCAACACAGUCUGCCUGCA